AUGCCCAACUUGCUCUCCAAGCGGCGCAGCUUGCUCGACCUUCUUUCCACCACCUCGAGCGAUAACAGCAACAGCAGCGACAAUGACGGCCGGCCGAAGACGAGCAGCUUGACGGUCGAAUCUCCGCGUACAGAAGACGAGCGGCCGAAGUCAGAGUACGGGUUUCAGCGCUCGCGACUUUCACGUGAACUUUUGCGGGACGAGGUGCCGGACCCGGCGGAGGAUGGGCAGGAUGGCAAGAGCACGCGAACGAAGCGUUUUAGUAUGCUGAAGAUCCGGAAUUACUCCGAGUCGCAGCUGGCGGUGCGGGCGAAGGAGGUGGAGAGGCGGGAGAGGGAGAGUGCGCCGCCUUUGCCUACGGUGCCGAGUGGUUCGGCGGCGGCGGUGCCGACGAUUAUGAAGACGGCGCCGACGAUGGAUCAUCUGGGUGGGGAGAUGCAGGAGGGGCAGGAGGAGGGUGAGAGGGAGAGGAGGGUCAGGCCGUCGUUGUUCAAGAGGUCGAUGUCGAAGGGGAGGAGUCCGGUGAGGCCGCAGCCGAGGAAGAGUACGGAGGAAAGGAGGGGGGAUAAGAAGGUGUCGUCGCUGAGGUGGAGGAAGUUGCAGGGCAGGAGCACUGGGUUGGAGGAUCUGCAGCGCAUGGCUGCUGCCCAUGUUUCGAACAACCAGGGCGCGCCUCCCUCAUAUGGCGACGAGUCGAACUCUGCUCUUGCUCUUCCGAUGUCUGACCAUCGAUUUUCGGAGUCUUCACGGUCUGAUGGUAGUGAGAUCUACGGCACUACGACGACGACCACUCACACGGUGUCUACCCAUACGACAUUCUUUAAGCUCGCACGACGCAACAAGAACCGCAACCCACUAUUCCCACUCCCUGUGAAGAUCCCGCCUCCGAGUGAGACGUCGCACCAGGACGGCCCACCAACACCUCGCGCAUCCACCUCCGCCAUCUCAACAAAGAGCCAAGACGACACCAAUGGCAACUCCGCGCAAUUCCUACAACGUCGACACACAGAAGACAUCCUGACAAAGCCGGCGCCUCUGCCAACAAACGCCGCGCUCGCGAGAGGCGCUUUGUCGUUUGCGGAGCCAGGGGGCAUGAGUUUGAUGCGCAACGGCUCGCAGCGGUCACGCGCGUCUUCCAGUUCCCCGCCACUGCAACCGCCUCGUCGUUUGGGUAUGCGCGAUCGCGCUUCUACUACAAGCUCGUUCGGCCGCAGCUCUUACGAUACCGGCACGCCGCCGCCUAUGUCGGGCAGUGGGAGGACAUCCACAUCUACGACGGGGAGGUCUAGCUUAGGUGGUUUCUUGAAUCUUUCGCGGUUCAGGCAGAGCUCGGAUCCGAAUUCGCCGAGGCAUGGGUCGCCGGGGACGCGGAGCAAGUCGAACUCUUUUGCGAUCAGUAGGGAGACGCUUGUGGUGCCGGAGAGGGAGGAAGGGGACAGUCCCGGCCGGUACCUCGAAAGGCUGGAGGCUGCAGUGGCGCGCGGCAAGAUUGCUGCGAUUCUCUCCAAAUCCACGGACACGUUCGCACACGCAGUCUUGCGGAGCUAUACCCGACGCUUCUCAUUCUUCGGCGAGCCGGUCGACAUGUCCCUUCGCAAGUUCCUGAUGGAAGCCGAGCUGCCUCCGGAGACCCAGCAGAUGGACCGCGUGGUGCAGGCGUUUGCAGAUCGCUAUCACGAAUGCAACCCCGGCAUCUUCGUGUCGCCCGACCAGGCCUACAUCAUCGCCUUCUCGCUCAUGAUGCUGCAGACCGACGCUUUCAACCGGAACAACAAGCGCAAGAUGCAGAAGCACCAGUAUGUCAAGAAUACUUCUGACCAAGGAGUUUCGGAUGAUGUGCUGGGUUGCUUAUACGACAACAUCUGCUAUACGCCUUUUAUUCGGAUUGAGGAGGAAGUGGAUAUCAAUGGCGAGCGCGUAUUGCCUUUCAAGCCUAGGAAGAGCAAGGUGAAGCUUCCCAUCACUGAAGGCAACAAGAAAUCUUCUGGUCCCGUUGAUCCUUAUGACCUGCUGCGGGAUAACACUCUGGAUAUGCUGAGGCCGUCGAUCAAGGAGUCUAUCAACAUGGACGAUCCGUACAACUACAAGGCUACGCCGAACGACCUGGACGUGCAAUACCUUCAACGCGCUUUCACGCACACAGGCACACUGCAGAUCAUCUCCCAACGCUCGCGGCCCAACGCUUACGAAGGCGACUUCACGAACCAUGCCCCUCCCGCUUUGAUGGAGAUGCAGCCCGGUAUCAUCGAUAUCAAAGUGACGAAAGUCGGCACGCUGUGGCGGAAGGCGACGAAGAAGAAGAAAGCUCGCUCGCCAUGGAACGAAUGGGGUGCCAUCCUGACGGGCUCGCAGCUGUACAUGUUCAAGAACGUGCACUGGGCGAAGGGGCUGGUGAACCAAUUCAACGCUGCACAGGAGAAGGGGAAGCCAAGGACGCCUGUGACGUUUAAGCCGCCGCUGCAGGAGUUCAAGGCCGAUGCUCUGCUCAGGACGGACAAUGCGGUCGCGCUGGUGGACGCUUCGUACAACCGGCACAAACACGCCUUCACGUUCGUCGCACCAGGCGGCCACGAAGAAGUGCUGCUGGCAGACAACGACUCCGAGCUCAACGACUGGCUCGCUCUCAUCAACUACGCAGCCGCCUUCCGCUCCGCCGGAGUCAGGAUCCGCGGCAUGGUCGGCGGCGCCGACGAAGACGCCCGGAGCAAGGAAAUCCGUAGACUGGAGUCCACGCAAACCGCGCGCUCAGCUCAGACGACGUCUAGCGACUUGGUGCAGAAUCGACUGCUGAGCCCGCAGAUGCAGCGACAGGUCAUGGCUGCGAGACGCCAGAUCAUGGUGCAGAAAGUCGCGCAGAUGACGCUUGAUAUCAGUGAGGCGAACAAGGAAUUGGAUAAUAUGCUGCGCAAUGCCCGACAUUUGCUCGUCCUGGCGCCUAUCAUCCCGAAGACGAGGGAGGAUAUGAUUCAUGCUGCUGCGCGGGCGGAUGCGAAUCUGAAGUGGCGGCGCCGCGAUAUCUGGCGCAUGAGGGCGUACAAGGACAUCCUCGCUAUGGAUGUACAGCAGGAUGGUGUGUCGGCAGAUCAGAUUGAGGCGCUGGCUGAACAACAGCAAAUCGAAGCGCCGGAUUCUGCGAAGAAGAGCUGGCCAAUGAGUCUUUCACGACUGACGUCGAGAGGUAGUGCUGCCAAAGUUGCUGCGUCGCAGAGUCCGACGUCGCCGACACAUGUGCAGAGGCCUUCGACUACAGGUUCGCUGGAAGCGUACACGAACGAUAUCUUCCGCACGCCGUCGGAUGCGAACACAAAACAGCAAGAGGGAGAGUGGAGAUUACCUCCGCUGCAACUGGACGUGCAGCCGGCCGAUCAGCACCGCGGCUCCGUAUCAAGCGCGCUCCUCAGCACCUCAUCGCAAGGGCGGAAUAGUGUUUCCCAGGCUUCGAGCAUAUCCAGCAACGCCUUUGGCGACCGCCCUACUCCCGACGAGCCGCCGGAGAGCGCUACGCCCCGUCCCCGCGCCCCUUCGUCCGUGACGGUGGAUCCGGAGAUCGAACUGCUCGCCCGCGCGACCAUGACGCCUGAACCGCUGGCUUCUCGUGGGAUGAACGUCGACGGCGCCGCCCCUUCUACCUCUCCACCUGAGAGUAAUACCAAACAGCGCCACAGCGGGGUGCGUCGCAGCCUGCAGAAAACGCUCCGCGAUCAGCAUCAUCACGGUAGUUCGAUCCACAAGCACCGGAAAGGCAAGGGGAGCGAUAGCACCGUGCGCAGUGCCACUGGUGCGCCUGUCCUCCUGCAGAACCAAGCCGCCUCUACCAACAAGGAUAAAGACAAGGAUGUCGACGAGGCAGUCGAGGAGGAAGGGACGCCCGGCCUCAAGCGCGAAAAAGGGCGGUUCAUUCUACACGGCAAACAAGCUUCAGUAGUGCAAUUUGGGACCGAGUGGCCGAAUGAGCGCAUGAAGGCGAGACGGGAGGCUUGGAGGCAGAAUAGCGGGUCGACUGCCGGGGGUGGGGAGGGCAAGAGUCCAUCGGUGGUAGGCAGGGGUUUGAGUUGGGAAAGAGGUUUAAGCUACGAAAGGGGCCUGAGUCCGCAUGACCGUGCGGAGAGGCGGGUUAGUGGGGAUGAGGCGUCGGGGUGGAGGGCACCGAGUUUUUUGGACGAUGUGGAGGUCACGGGGGCUUUUGCGGAGAGGAGGGCGAGUCCGGUUGAGAUGAGCGAUAUGGAGCGCUCGGGAUCUGAGGCUGUGGUGGAGAAAGAUGAGGAGGGGGAGGAGACGUACUUUGAUGCUUCACCCAUCCAGAGCCCCAGGAAAGAGAAGCGAGGCACCGUCAUCGGCCCUUCGAAACCUGUCAACGGACAUCGGACGAAGGGGCAAGAGGAGGAAAGUGACGACGACUCGGACGACAUCUCCCCCACGCGACGGAGUAAGAAACGGACUACCGUCAUCGGCCCCAGCAAGCAGGGUUUUCUCUCUCCGUUGAAGCCGGUACAGACUUCACCCGAGGCUGCGCAUGCGCAAGCUGGUGCUGAAGAGGAUGACGAGGGGGAGGAUAGCGAUGAGUACACGACUCCGCCUUCGGAUGCCGGGUUCAGCGAGGAGGAGCGGUCGUUGAGUCAGGGGUCGGAGCAGCAGCAGCAGCAGCAGCAGGGCGUUGAGGUGCGGUAG